GGAAUCCUCUCUGAGUAUAAAUAAAGAGUGAGGAGCGCCAUAUUCCUUCCCCUCUCUCUUCCUUGUUUGUGGGAACAUUAUGGAGCCCAGAUUCGUAAUCUCCGCAUCGGAGGCCGAAUCCCAAUCAAUCUCCAAACUCCUCCCUUCCCUCGUUUCCUCUUCUCAGUCCCUCGCCCGUCCUUCCAUCUCCAACUUUCCCGUCGCCGCCGUCGGACUCGCCGCCUCCGGCCGCAUCUUCGUGGGCGUGAACGUGGAGUUCCCCGGCCUCCCCUUCCACCACACCAUCCACGCCGAACAGUUCCUCCUCACCAACAUGGCCAACAACGCCGAGACCCGCCUCGACUCCUUCGCCGUCUCCGCCGCCCCCUGCGGCCAUUGCCGCCAGUUCCUUCAAGAACUCCGCGACGCCCCCGACAUCCAAAUCCUCAUCACCUCCCACAAAAACCCUCACUUCAGCCCUCUCUCCCACUUCCUCUCCCACCACUUCGGCCCCCACGACCUUCUCCCCAAAACCGUCCCUCUCCUCUUGGAGCCUCGUCACAACGCUCUCUCUCUUCCCCAAAACGAUCAUUUCAACGCUCUUGCGAUUGCGGCGUUGGAGGCCGCCAAUAACUCUCACGCGCCCUACAGCGCGUCCCCCUCCGGCGUCGCGCUUCUCGAUUCCAAGGGGAAUGUUUUUAAAGGCUCUUACAUUGAGUCCGCUGCUUAUAACCCCAGCUUGGGACCGCUUCAGGCCGCCAUCGUCGCCUUCAUCGCCGGCGGCGGUGGGGAUUAUGAAGAGAUUGUUGCGGCGGUGUUGGUGGAGAAGGAAGGGGCGGUCAUCAAACAGGAUCACACUGCAAGGUUGCUGCUCCAUUCCAUAGCGCCACGCUGCCACUUCAACAAUUUUCUUGCUUCUCAAUCUCCUUCAACUUGAACAUUGUUUUUUUUUCUCUCUACCCUAAAUUAAUAAUAUAUAUAUAUACUAUUUGAGAGUGGAUUUGGAUGCACCCUUACCUGACCUCACCCUGUAAUAAUGUGAUUGUCACGGAUAGACAUGGUGAUGGUCUAUAAUAAUCCCCUUCCUAUUUAUGCCUAUGUGGUUCUAAUAUUUUAAGACAAGCUUUUUCUUUUUGUAUAUUGUUACAUCUAAUGAAGAAUAUUGUCCUGUCUCUCUCGCA